GCCACCAACACCACCACCACCACCCACCGCCAUGUCGUACUACGACAAGGACGCCGAGAAGAACGCGGCACAGGCCUACGGCCAUGGAAACUUCGACCCGGAGAAGGACCACUCGGACCCCGGCGGCGUGCCAUACGCCGACCCAACACAUGAGCAUGUCGGCCUCGCCCCUGCACGCGACUCGGACCAGCUGAAACGUGCGCUGUCAGCACGACAGGUGUCCAUGAUCGCCAUCGGCGGCACCAUCGGCACCGGUCUCUUCCUCGGCACGGGCAAGUCGCUUGCCACCGGCGGCCCGGCGUCCAUGGUCAUCGCGUAUGCAAUUGUCGGCGCAAUCGUGUACAUCACCAUGCUGUCCUUGGGAGAAAUGUCGACGUUCAUCCCCGUCGCCGGCUCGUUCUGCACCUUUGUUGGCCGUUUCUGUGACGACGCAUUCGGCUUCGCCCUGACCUGGAACUACUGGUUCAACGAUGCCGUGUCCACCGCGUCCGACCUCGUCGCCCUCCAGCUCAUCCUGCAGUACUGGACGGAAAAGUUCCCCGGCUGGGCGCUGUCCCUCAUCUUCUGGGUCAUCCUUAUCGCCGUCAACCUCCUCGGCGUGCGCUUCUACGGCGAGCUCGAGUACUGGCUGUCGCUGAUCAAGGUGAUCGCGAUUGUGGUGUUUAUCAUCAUGAGCAUCUGUGUCAACGCCGGCGCCAACGUUCAGCACGAGUACAUUGGCGCCAAGUACUGGACCAUUGGUGACGCGCCGUUCGUCGGCGGUAUCGGCGGCUUCGCGUCCGUGUUCGUCACUGCCUCGUUCGCGUACGGCGGUACCGAGUCCAUUGCCAUCACGGCCGGCGAGACCAAGAACCCCGUCAAGAACAUGCCCCGUGUGGUGAAGAACGUCUUCUGGCGCAUCCUCCUCUUCUACAUCCUCAGCAUCAUCCUGAUCGGCUUCAACGUCCCUUACAACUACCCCAACCUCCGCACCAAGAAGGUCGUCACCUCGCCCUUCACCAUCGUGUUCCAGAUGACUGGCGCCAAGGCCGCCGGCAGUGUCAUCAACGCCGUCAUCCUCACCUCGGUCCUGUCGGCCGGCAACCACGCCCUCUUCGCUGGUGUGCGUCUUCUCUACACCCUCGGUGCGGAGGGCCAUGCGCCGCGCGUCUUUGCCCGCCUCAACAAGCAGCGUGUCCCCUGGGUCGCGACCAUCGCCACCGCCCUCGUUUCUGGUCUCUGCUUCGGCUCGUCGUUCAUCGGUGCCGGUCAGCUCUGGAACUGGCUCCAGAACCUCGUCGGUGUCUCCAACCAGCUCUCGUGGAUCUCGAUCUGCUUCGCAUCCAUCCGCUUCCGCCGCGCUCUCGCCGUCCAGGGCAAGACCCACAUGCUCGUCUUCAAGAACUGGACCUACCCCUGGGGCCCGUACGCUGCCCUCAUCCUCAACUCGGUCCUCGUCCUCGUCCAGGGCUGGACCUGCUUCAGCCCCAAGUUCAACGGCGUCGACUUUGUCAGCUUCUACAUCGAACUCCCUGUCAUGCUUAUCAUGUUCGUCGGCUGGAAGCUCAUCAAGCGCACAAGAUGGGUCCGUCUCGACGAGAUGGACCUCGUCACCGACGUCUACACUGCCAACGAUGAGGAGAUUGAGCACGACGAGAAGACGACCAAGGGUCGCUUCAAGCGUGCCCUCAACUGGCUGUUCUAAAGUCUCUCUGGGGUUUUAUUGUAUCUACUCUAUACUAUAGUCUGCAUCUAUGUGUGCC